AUGGCGUCGAUGUGUCCGCCAACGUUUCAAUCUCCGCGCGCGGAUUCGAGUCUUCAUAAUCUUGACCCCUCCAGUUCCAGAUUCGCCUCCUCUAAAUUCAGCAGAAGAUCGUCGCGAUCGGGGGUUUAUUUUUCUAGGGUUCCUGAAUCCGAGUUCUGUUGCCGUUGCCUCAAUAGGAGCGGUGGCGACGGCGCCGGCGGAGACAGCUCGGCCUCGGGAAACUCGUGGCGGUGGGAUUUUGGCAUCCAGGAAACUGUUAGGAAUGCGAUUGAGAAGAUUGAUGGUUAUUUGAGUUCUUUUAGGGAUCAGGGAGGAGUGGAGGUGAGUCAGGUGGUUCUGGAUGAUGGUGAGGAGGAAGAGGAUGAAUGGGAUUGGGAUAAGUGGAGGCGGCAUUUCGUGGAGGUCGAUGAGCAGGAGCGCAUUGUCUCAAUUUUGAAGUCUCAGCUGGCAAGUGCAGUCAAGAGAGAGGAUUAUGAAGAUGCUGCCAGGAUUAAGGUUGCAAUUGCAGCUGCUGCUACAAAUGAUACUGUUGGCAGAGUGAUGUCCCAUCUCAAGAAGUUUGUGGAGGAAGAACGUUAUGGAGAUGCAGCUCUUAUACGUGACUACGCUGGUGCUGGAUUGGUUGGAUGGUGGGCUGGAAUUUCAGAAGAUGCUGAUGAUCCUUAUGGUCGUAUUAUCCGUAUAAGCGCUGAGUAUGGGCGAUAUAUUGCUAGAAGUUACAGUCCUAGGCAGCUUGCCGCAACCUCAGAGGGUGCACCCUUAUUCGAGAUUUAUCUUACAAAUAACAAAAAAGGUGGUUAUAAGCAACAGGCCGUUUAUUUAAAACGCAAACAUUCUCCCCAAGAUCUCCAUUUUCCAUUCUCAAAGCCUGCCGCAAGUUCUAGAAGAAGCCGGGACGCUCGUGAUGCGGGGGACAACAGCAAAAGCAAGCUCUUUGAAAUAAGCUCUGAGGAUUCAGACAGUGAAGACAUGGAUGAUGAUUUCAGUUUCGAUAAUAUCUUACGUGACAUGAUUCCUGGUGUGAAGGUGAAGGUUGUGAAGAUAACAUCUCCGGAGAAGAUUGACAUGGAUAUGAUAUCUAAUGUGAUCAAGCAGAUAACAGAUGAUGAUGAUGAGGAAGAACACGAUUUCGACUCAGAAGAUCUAGAUUCUGAUGAUGAAACUAAAAACGAAUAUUCUGAUGAUGAUCACAAUGACAUUGAAGUGGAUUCUGCUACUGGAUUAACAGAUGGCAGUGAGCAAAAUCAGAUUUCAGUUGGAGUUGUGAUUGAUGGGCUCAUCCCGAAAAUUUCGCAUGGCGCUAAUUUUAAGGAAUUACUCCGUGUUCCAGCUCGACUGGAGAAAAAGGAUCGGGCAUCAUUUACGUUUACUGUAGAGGAGAAUGAUAGUGAGCGUCUUUCACAGUUUCGGCAGAACAAAAGAGCUAAUAAGUUUCAAACCCUACGUAGCAUUGACAAUGUUAUGCUUAAUCUCAUGAAGUCCAUUGCCAAAGAGAAAAUCUCAAUGAAGGUUCUUAAAGAUGUUAGUGACUUGUUAGAUCAUACGAUCAGUCAAGCUCGUAACAGGCAGCCUUUAUCUGGGUCAACCACGUUUCACCGUAUUGAGAUAUCAUCAUCUUCGGAUCCACUGAAUGGACUGUAUAUUGGUGCACAUGGGUUUUACACAUCGGAAGUUAUUCAAAUGAAGCGUAGAUUUGGUCAGUGGAAAGAUGAUGGAAGCAGAAAGAAGCCAUCAAAAAUCGAAUUUUACGAGUAUGUUGAAGCUGUAAAAUUAACUGGUGAUGCUUAUGUUCCUGCUGGUCAGGUCGCAUUUCGAGCAAAAGUAGGAAAAAGAUAUCAACUUCCACAUAAAGGGAUCAUUCCUGAAGAGUUCGGAGUGAUUGCUCGAUAUAGAGGACAGGGAAGAUUAGCUGAUCCUGGAUUUCAAAAUCCUCGAUGGGUUGAUGGUGAACUUGUGAUUUUGGACGGGAAGUACAUGAAAGGAGGCCCAGUUGUUGGAUUCGUGUAUUGGGCUCCAGAAUUUCAAUACUUAGUAUUCUUCAAUCAACUAAGGCUGCUGGAUUGA